AUGACAAAAGACACAGAAGGAAGCACACUACUCGCUAAGGAUCCAGGCCGCGGGCCUAGAGUGAGCGGCAAGGACUGGAAAGUGGAAAAGAAAGCGUUCCGUCUUAAGGCUAACGGAAUGCACAGAUCUUGGGAGAAGAAACAGGAGCAGAGGCUUAAGGACGAGCAGCUGAAGGCAAAGCUAAAGGAGCUGCAGGAAGCAAAAGAGGCUGAGAAACGGGCCAAGAUCGAGAGAAUCAAGGAAAGACGGGCUAAGAAAGAGGAAAAAGAGCGGUACGAGCGUUUGGCCGCUGUGAUGCACGCUAAGAAAGUUGAGCGACUCAAGAGACGCGAGAAGAGAAACAAGUUGUUAAAGGAGCGCUAA